AUGUCGUUCACCAACGAUUGCGGGGGGGCACUCACUCUGCCCUCUCCCACACAUGUCCACCACGACGUCAGCUCCGCAGUUCGAUCACUCCGCAGGUCGCUUUCCAGAUCACCAUCAAAAUUCCGACUCUCUGGCGCUGUCUCUCCUUCUCCCACUCCCACACCAGCAGCUCCAUCCAGGUCGGCGCAUCUCGAGCAUCCAGCUUCCACCCCAAUCCCUGCGACACCAGCCGCUCUGGCGGGGCCUUCCUCACCCACUUCUUUUUCCGCACCCCAGCACGGUAUUGCGGGUAACCCUUUUGUCAACAAACCAAACAUCAAGCUCUCGGUGCGCUCCACGAGGUCGAAGCCGGUGACUCGGCCCCUCUCCAGAUCUCGAGGCUCACCAAAGAGCCCUCUCAAGCGCGUUUUUGCCCCCUCUGGCGACUCCCUCAACCUGCUUCCCACCUCUUUCUCGGCGCCAGACACCCGCGGCCAAGAAAACAAGAGCUUCAGGGAGUUUGCGCUUGCGCUGAGCCCCACGUCGCGUCGCAAUCUCGAGAAACCCACGCGUCACUCGGUGCACCUCGACAUCUCGGGAUCCGACAAAGUCUCUUUUCCUGCCAUCUCAGUAAGCCCGCUCAAACGGAGCGACGCGACCAUGAGUCUGGGCCAGACGGCAUUUGGGAGUCCAGUCGCAAAGCGCCGCAGUCUACACGGCAUCUCGAGCAUGAACAACGAGCCCACCAUCUUCGACCAAACCCCGACCGCGCGCGAGUCGCAACAACAGCCGGGCUUCGACAUUCACGAGGACGCCAAUCUCGAGUACGAAUUGACCGGCUCGAACGUGUCGCCUGCCCCAGAUCCAUUGGCCUCGCCCACCCCGUCAUCGCUGCAGAAUCGGUCGAAUUCGCUCCGAAGAAGUACCCUGCAACAGCGCCACGGAGAUACUCGAUCAUCCUGGGGCCGGCGCGCCGGAGAAAAGGCACAGAUGACGCUCGACGCCGGGUCGUCGAUGGCGGCUCGUAGCAGACCUAGGCUAUCUCUGGACCAGUAUGUGCCUAUUGUGACCGAGAGCCCCUUCACUCACCAAGGUCCUCUCCCACCUGCCUCGGCGCAUUUCUUGGCGCACAAGGCUCGGGAGCAGUUCCAACCUCAUCCUCUCUCGCGCUCGUUGACCCAGUCUUCUUCGAACUCGAGUCUGCCAGACGAAUCUCCGACCCAUGCUCCUGUCCAGUUUGGCGAGAAGGCUCGCGUUCCUCUCAACUUCUCAAAAUCGCUUCCACCUGGUGCGCGACCACCCACAAAGGAUUCAGGAGAUGUUGCGACCCCCAACUACAAGCAUGCCAAGCCGUUCCAAGCCGCCUUCAUGUCGACAGGUUUGGUGUCCAAGAUGAAUCGCAACCCCGAACUUGGCCCACCAAAGCACCUCGGAGCGAAGGUCAACAUAAUGCCAGAUACUCCCUGCAAGAAGCAGUACAGCUCCGCUACGUAUCCACCCAACCUCAGCGCUGGUCGACGGCAAUCGCGAAAGUCGGUUGGCAGCCCUACGACGCCGUUUGGCGCUUCCACCAACGCUCCCCCUACCAGUGGCAAUUUGUUCUUCCAGCAGGUCCGUGCGGGGCAUAUGAGGAAGUCGAGCUUGUUGAGCCUGGAUGGGGAUGACCUCGCUGGAUCCCAAGACGAUUUCCCCCCGCCCACCCCGACGAAGAAUAUCUUCAAGAAUGUCACAUCCUCCGGGGCGAGCGUCCGGACGCCUUUGGGGACCCCCGGCUUUGCGAGCUUCGCGACGCCUGCAGUUCCCUUCAGUUUGAGCUCAGCAAGAACACCAGCGCAGUCCACCACCCCAUCCUUCACCCCACCCGGAGCGCCUGAGAGCACCACUCCCUCCUUCACUCCCCCUGGUGCGCCAUCGUUCAUCCCUUCGGGUGCUUCUGAGAGCACCACUCCCCUGUGUGCUCGUCAGGAUCAGGACAAUGGUCACCAGGUCACUGAGCCCAUCUUUCGACCUUCCACCCCUUACUCGAGUGCCUCGCCGUUUGUAUCCGUCAGCAACAGUGCUCCGGUUAUCAACGAAAGCCAUACCCCUGCCAGUUUAUUCGCGACGCCCGCUCCGAGAAACAAGACGACGCCCGUAUUCUUCGCAACAGGCAGCAAGUCAUCGUCCAACGAGUAUCUCGUCCCCAACCAGGAUGCCUCAGGGAGCCCUCUCGGGUCGAAAAAAGCUUCACCUCGCACCCCCGGCGACUCGUUGAAAAAUUCCAUGCCGCCUCCCGGAGGGAAAUCAACCGGGCCUCCUGCCACCCCCUCUACUCACGAGCGGUCUUCACUCUUCGGCGGGGCUCCUGACCGUCGCAUGAGCAUCACCCCUCGCAACGGGCGUGGUCCGGGUGACGUUGACGAGUCUCUGGUCAGCCGGUUUGUCAAAUCCGAGGUCAUCGGUAGUGGCGAGUUCUCGACGGUGUAUCGGGUUACCAAGCUUGCCUCUCCCGCGUCGUCGUUCAUGACAAUGGGCAUCUCUACAACCCCACAGACACCUUCGAGCCCCGAGUCUGGCAAAGUCUUUGCCGUCAAGAAGCUCCGUGUUCCCAUCAGUGGUGGCAGGGAGAGGGAGAGGAAGUAUCAAGAGGUGCAUAUCUUGAGAUCUCUGAACCACUCGACCAAGGUUGUUCAGUACAUUGACAGUUGGGAGUGGAACAACUAUUUGUAUAUUCAAACCGAGUACUGUACCGAGGGCAGUUUGGAUAUCUUCCUCAAGGACAUUGGUCAGACUGGCCGAUUGGAUGAUUUCCGCAUCUGGAAGAUCUUGCUGGAGAUAGCUCAGGCCGGGUUCAUUCACCUCGACAUCAAGCCUGCCAACAUCCUGGUCACGUUUGACGGCUAUCUCAAGAUUGCCGACUUUGGCAUGGCCACAACGAGCCCUGCCCCGCCGGGAAUCGAAGGCGAGGGCGAUCGCGAGUACAUCGGCCCAGAAAUUCUUCGUGGUCGAUAUGAGCAGCCUGCCGACAUCUUUGCGCUCGGUCUCAUCAUUCUGGAGAUCGCAUGCAAUGUAUUCCUUCCCGACAACGGCCCAACAUGGCAGGCUCUUCGCAUUGCCGACCUGUCUGCUGUUCCCAGUCUUACAUCCCCUGAAGCUGGCUCUGUCAUUCGGGACGCAAACGGCGUGCCGAUUGAGCAUCUGUCACCUGUUCAGGAGGAUCAACGAGACCCCAACUUCGCCUUUGAAGGCAUGACCCACGACCCCAAGAACCUUUUCAGUCCAACAAAGCGGACUGAGUUGUCGGAGCCUCCCUCGUUCAUGAUGGACAGCGAAGACCCUCAUUCUCUUGACAAGAUUGUCGCUUGGAUGAUCCAGCCAGAACCCAACAGUCGCCCUACUGCCCAGCAGAUCCUUGCUUCGGAGCCCGUCUCCUGGGUAGAGAGCCGCCGCAGCGGGGGCGCCACUGUUUAUGAAGGCAACUGGGGCCCCCAAGUCGGACCCUCCAUCGAGGAGCUGAUCGAUGACGACGACACAGAGAUGACCGACGUGUGA